CUUUUGAGAGACGAGGAGAGCCUGAAUGACAUCAAUGAGGCGAAAGAGAGUCUCUUUGCUGAAGGGAACCAACUCUUGAAAAACACAAUUCAAGGCAUAUAUCUGUCAUCUGAAGAUCAUUAUGAGUUCGACCAGUCCUGGCUCUGCACUCAUUGUUCUGUGCCUUCAUUGUCCAAACGGCGCGUUUGUAUCGCGAGAUUAAAACAUCCGACAAAUUUGGGCAUCAAUUCAACAAUUAUUAGAUUUUUAAUUGUAGUCUUGGUUCCCAUCAAAGAGAAAGCGACAAAAAGUGCCGAAGAGCUCAGCCGUUCGUUCGCAACCGUUUUCGCUGACCUCAACUUCAGACAAAAUCUCAUGAAUGCCACAAAUGAACAGCAAUUCAUUGAAUUAAUUGAGAAAAGAGCACAUAAUUUGUCUGAAAAGGCGUUUUUAAACAAAGAUUUCUUAGAGAAAUUCCGAGAAAAAGAGACAAGAUUUCGGUUGUCGUUUGGAAAGGGAAUCGUCGAGAAUGUGAGGCGAAGAACACAAUACUAUUGGAGUGAUUAUGUCGAC